AUGCAGCUGUGCUCCGAGUGUGCUCUGAACUGGCACAUGAAGCGAAAAGCCCAUCUACUGAAAUUCUACGAGCGCUGGGGCGAAGAAACAGAGUCCCAUAUUCGUGACAUGCUCGACAGCCGCGACGUUCUUCGCAUCAACCACAACCUUACCUGGGCCAAGAAUUGUAUUGAGAAGAUCGAGUCAGAGGGCGUGACUUUUAAGAAGACCAUGUUUGGAGAUCGCAUCACCGAAGUCCUCAUUGCAGUCUACGAAGCCCUCUGCUGCGUCGCCUACCUCUCCGACCCCGAACAGCGAGAGACCUUUCAAUAUGUCUUUGCUCGACUGCAGGGCAAGAAGAGCUACCUGAAGCUUGGGGCAAAAGACCCUCUGCCUGGCAUGACUUAUUUCUUGUUCGACCAGAAGAACGAAGAUCGCCGCAAUUGGGCAUUUGAGAACUGGAAGAACGUUGAGGCAGAGACGAUGACUGAAGAGCAGUUUGAUUGGGCCAUCAGCGGUGGUCUAGUCAACGCCAUGGAUGAUGUGCAUCGCAAGUUGCAGACGUUGCAAACCAAUCCGAGUCCCGAGACGUAUCUAGAAGUCGAGCGCUUCUGGCUGGGAUUCGAGAGCGUCCUCCAAGCCUUGAACGAAUCUCUGAUUCUAGGCAGCCUGGGCAGUAUGGAUCUCAAGGCUAAUUGUCCGCCCAUCUACGACUUGCUCCUCCGCCAGACGAUCCCGUUCACUCAGCACGAGGGUGUGCUGGUCGUGGCGCUUAGGGUUCUGACUAAGUUCCUCCAAAAGUCGCCGACAGCCUUUUGGAAUCACGUGGGCAGCACGCGGCCCAACGUCGUCACUGACAUUAUCUUCACCAACCCCGUAUACAGCUCGCUGCUCCGACAGUCGUUGGAGGACUUUGAUGCGUGUCCCGGGGAUGUGCCCUUUCCUGUGCAAUGGAUUGCCCCAUGGCUUAAGUCCAUGGGCCAAGAUAGACGAUAUGAUGCAUGUGAGGUCCUCCUUCACACUCUCUUCCAGAAGGUGGCCGACCCUGGGAUCGGCGAGCCUGGUCAAACCGCUUGUACGAAAGCUGGCCUUGAUGCGCUCACGUUCACUAUGCAAGCUUUCGUCACCCAGGAUAUCUCCGGUACAGGCACGACACAUGUCCAUUCUAAUUGCACUCUCAAUCUCGUAAUGAAGCACAAGGCUGUGCUGUUGAGCAAUCUGCAGCAACCUCUUGGAGAGCACGUUGGCUGGGAUGCGUUCAAGGUCGGCCAGUCUGCGUACGGUGUCGUCAAGGCAGCCAUGGAGCUCGACAUGAAGCUCUUCUCCGUUGACUUCCAUACGUUUGAAGAUGGUGGGCAGAUUCAAUCAGCAUUUUCUCGAGACUCGGCAGGUUUCUGGAAGGAUGUUAUCGACGUUUACGAGGCGUCCACCGACAAGGUCAAUCUAGCCAAGGACUUCUUGGUGGCUCUCGAACCACUCAUCCGACUCGAACAAAUUCGCCCUCGCAAGAAAGAUCCUGCUCUCGACGAUGCCAGGAAGAAAUUCAACGACGCCUUGAAGUCGACCACAGACAUACUGUCAAGAAUCUUUACGAGAAUAUCCAAUCUCGAUGAGAUGGACCUUACGGCUGUCUUUGACAACAACAAAGCCUUCCAAGUCACUGUGGGUGUCGCCAUGCGCGGCGACUCAGAUGUGGCAGAGGCAGCUGCAGAAUUGCUAAAGGAGUGGACGCAAGAGAUAUCUCGCGGACAGGCUUUGGAACACGUUGCCCAAGACCACCCAGAGAAGAUCCUCGGUGCGACCCUCUUCGCGCUCGACCAUGUCUUCAGAGGGCCUUCGUACGCUGCUAAGACAAAGUUCCCGUGGGAUCCCAUCCGACCGAUUCUACACAUGAGCCGUGACGUCCUGCGCGGGCUCUGCGAUAUGACGACUGGCGUGCUUCGUACCAAAACUCUGGAGCCCCGAACGAUUGCAUUGCUGCUCCGGUGGUGGCAAGCACAGUGGCAUUUUGUCCAGCGAGCCUGCUCCAAUAUCGAGCUCUGGUCGCUGUACAUUGCCAACAGCGUCAUGCAAGAGUUCUGUCGUGAGAUCAUGGAACUCGCCGAGGCGUUAGUAGCAGAGGACGGACUGCUCAUUUCAGUUGUAUCGAAAGCAAACAACAAGAGCGAGGGUGCCAUGGCGGAGCGCGUACUGCAACCCGUGCGGGAGCACUUCCAGGGUCUGGAGAACAUGAUCAGACUCAAAGACAAAUGGCUCGUGGACGUGACCGUCCGGGUUCUCUGCAAGAUUGUGUCCCGCUUGCGGGAGAUCAAACUCGAAAUCCCCGGCAAAUCGAGGCAGUUUAUCAUAGACGCCUGUGUUCCCAAGGAACGUGGCCGCUAUGCACGACCUACCAACAUGACAGAUCAGCAGCGUGCCGAGCUCCUGCAGGCGCUCGGCCACGUCGAGGAGGAGGUGAAGCCCGAGGCGAUUGCGCAGGCGGAGAAGAAACAGAGCAAACUAGAUGCCUGGUCCAAGUCUGGUCCAGCUCCCGGCGCCUCGCGGUCCAACAGGGACGAUGUCAUGGAGUUUAGCAAAUCUAUUGACAGUCCCAUUCUUAAGCAGCUCGAGGCGCGGAGAAUAAACGAGGCCAAGGCCAAAUCGCUCAAGCCUGUGGCUAAGAAGCCCGACCAGCGGGCCAUCACCGCCCUGAAGGAGAGCCGAAAGCGAGAGAAGGCUGAGCUGGAGAAGCGGAAGCAAAUGGCCAUUGCUGAAGCGAAGCGCGUGCGAGGCGAGGCAGGUGGUGUGCUUGGCAAGGAUCACUCUAAGAGUGAAAUCAUGGUCAACAGCUCCGAGGAAGAAUCGGAGGGCGAAGAAGAUUCCGAUGACGGUGAUGAUCAGCUAGCCAUGCUCAGCACUGGCACGAAGAAGACUGUGGACGAAGCAGAGAAGGCUCGACUUCAGGCGCUCCGGGACAGAGCCCGUCGUCCUGUGAAGAAGGUCAAGCAGCAACGAUCCGUCAAGGAAAUGCGCGCACGGCUGGUGCCCCCGAUGGAAAAGCUACACAACACCAUUCUCGCGUGGGAGAUCUUUCAUAACGGCAACGAUCCCCCCAGCGGGCCUUCGGGUAGCAAAGUAGCGACGUCGUACACUGAUCCGGCAUCAUACCAGCAGACAUUCUUUCCUCUACUUGCGUCUGAAGCUUGGCGCUCCUUUGUCACGGCCAAGGACGAGAUAACGAAUCGACCCUUUGGCAUCAAGGUGGCCAGCCGAGCUAGUGUGGAUAGCUUCCUUGAGGUCACGUUCACGAUGCCCGUGUCACAAAACAAGGAGCGUGGUGUGUUCGAGGGUGAUAUACUGCUAGUGUCUGAAGCCGAGAAUCCCCUGACCGACCCUCACGUGAAGCACUGCCUGGCUCGCGUCCACAGGAUCAAGUACAAGAAAGACCUCAUUGAAGCUACGUUCCGGGUCGCCUCACGGAAUAAUCAGCUGUCGCAGUUGCUGAACCCUGGCGUCAGCGUGCACGGCGUCAAGAUCACGAAUAUGACGACAAUCGAACGUGAAUACGCCGCCCUGGAGAGUUUGCAGUAUUACGACCUGAUGGACGAGAUCUUGAAGGCUGAGCCGUCUCCUGUCCUCCGCUAUGGCGAGGAGAAGAUCCAAAAGUGGUCCAGCAAUUGGGAACUGAAUCGCGGUCAAGCUAUGGCCGUGAUGGGCGCGCAAGACAAUGACGGUUUCACCCUGAUCCAAGGCCCGCCUGGAACGGGCAAGACCAAGACAAUUGUUGCCAUGGUCGGCGCGUUGCUAUCGGAGCAACUAAGCAAUCAAACAUCCGGAACAGCCAUUGCCCGCCCAGGGCCAGGGACUGCCCAGCAUGCCAACGGCACGCUGCCAAAGAAACUUCUCGUGUGCGCGCCGUCCAACGCAGCUGUGGAUGAGUUAGUGCUUCGUCUCAAGAAUGGCGUCAAGGGAGUCAGCGGCAAGCACAGUAAGAUCAACGUGCUGCGCCUGGGCCGCAGCGAUGCCAUCAAUGCUGCUGUCCGGGAUGUCACGCUGGACGAGUUGGUGAAGAAUCGCCUGGAAGGCGACGGCACCAAGGACAAGGCCGUGGCAGACCGCGACAAGCUGCACGCCGAUGCCGGCAAGAUCAAGGAGGAACUCUCCGAGCUGCGCCCCAUGCUCGAUGCCGCCAGGGGGGGCGACAAGGCCAACUACGACAAGCUAUCACGUCGCUUCGACGAGCUCAAGGGGCAGCAAAUGCAGAUUGGACGCCAGAUCGACGCCAACAAGGACAGCGGCAACUCGGUCGCCCGUGAGAUGGAGAUGCGCCGCCGCCAGGUGCAGCAGGAGAUCCUGAACGGUGCGCAUGUGAUCUGCGCCACGCUCAGCGGCAGUGGGCACGAGAUGUUCCGAAACCUGGACGUGGAGUUUGAGACGGUCAUCAUCGACGAGGCGGCGCAGUGCGUCGAGCUGAGCGCUCUCAUCCCCCUCAAGUAUGGCUGCUGCAAAUGCAUCCUGGUCGGAGACCCGAAGCAACUGCCGCCUACCGUGCUCUCCCAAUCCGCUGCUCGCUUCGGCUACGACCAGAGUCUGUUUGUCCGCAUGCAGCAGAACCACCCCAAGUCCGUACACUUGCUGGAUAUGCAGUACCGUAUGCAUCCCGAAAUCAGUGCGUUCCCCAGUCGGGAGUUCUACGAAGGACAGCUCAAGGAUGGCCAGGACAUGGCCCCCCUCCGACAGCAACCGUGGCACAGGACGACCCUCCUCAGUCCUUAUCGAUUCUUUGACGUGCAGGGUGUUCAAGAGCGCGGCCACAAGGGGCAGUCCCUCGUCAACAACCGCGAAAUUGAAGUUGCGCUGCAAAUGUACGAGCGGUUCAGCAGCGAUUAUCGAGAUCUCGACCUGAAGCAGAAGAUUGGCAUCAUCACGCCAUACAAGGCGCAGCUCUUUGAACUGCGCAACCGUUUCCGGAACCGAUACGGCGAGGGCAUUUCCGAUAUCAUCGAAUUCAACACGACGGACGCUUUCCAGGGUCGAGAGUGUGAAAUCAUCAUCUUCUCCUGCGUGCGAGCCUCGUCGACGGGCGGCAUCGGCUUCAUGACGGACAUUCGUCGUAUGAACGUCGGCCUGACCCGCGCCAAGUCCUCGCUCUGGAUUCUCGGAGACUCGCGGGCCCUGGUCCAGGGUGAGUUCUGGAAGAAACUUAUUGAAGACUCCCGUGCCCGCGAUCGCUACACGGACGGAGACGUGCUGAGCAAGUUCCGGAAGACGCUGGAGCUGAACCCCAAUGCGCCAGCCUAUCCACCGCCGAGCCGAGCUUCAACGCCACGAAAGGACGGCGACGGCGACAUUGCGAUGCGUCCAGCACCAGCAUCAGCGCCAGAGCACGCUCCUCGUUCUGGCGGGCUGCCCGUCAUCCACACUUCCAAGCCACCUCCAUCUGGGCCUGGAGAAAGCAAGAAGCGACCGUUGGACGCCUCUGACUCGGGGGAGUCCAACGCGAAGAGAGUAUGUGCAUCUUCCCCACCUUCAACAAGCAGCCCCAGAAGCAACACUAGCAGCAGCUACAACACACCAAAGUCCACUACGUUCUCUAACACAGCAACAGAAAGCGAGCGAUGGGCCUCGCCCAGGCGGCAUGAGGGCCAAGUUUGGCCCGAAGCCGUCAGCGAGCAAGCCAUACCCACGUCAGCCCUCUGCGCCGGAAGACCCGUCGGCCAAGAUCACCCUCGGCCUGAUGCCCCAAGACCGGGACGAGAUGCCAUCAUCAUCGUCGACGAUGGCGCCGAGGACGAACCCCACGCCGCCGCAGAACGGGCAGUUUGUAAGUCACCUUGA